GCUUAUGUGCAACGAGUAAGAUUUUCCACACGGACGGUUUAGAGUGUAGCACCCCGGCCAACGCGAAAACACGCCUCACAUGCUCGUGGCAGCGGCGGCGUGUCCAGUUACCAGCACGUGUUCAACGAGCACUUUGAGUCAUCCCAUUUAGAAAAUAAAAUGUCAGAAGCGUCAAACCGAGCCGACUUGUCUCCCAACUGGAUCCUUCAGCACCCAGCAUAUCAACAAAUGAAGAGCCUGGAGACCGAGGACAGUGCUCAAGUGCACGCGGCUUUCCUCGUGUACAUGGAUCUCACCGAGGUGCGUCGGUGGAGAGAGGUGUCGUGUGUCAAGAGCCCCGAGCUGCAGGUGAUCCUGCUGGAAGGGAGGGAGAAAGAAGGAGCCCCCGUCCAGGCUGUCCUCCCGCUGCCUGCUCACCGGUCCCUGAGCCACAAAAGCAUUCGCCACGUGCUGGACGGGGGCCCCCCCGUGCUGCUGUGUGCCGUGGCUUCUGACUCCACGCUGGUCUACCAGAGGAUGACCGACGGGUUGGUGACACCGGACCCUCCCGCCGGCCCCUUCCAGGAUCUGGGACGUCGGCAGCACCGCAAGAGACGGCAGCAGCAGCACUGAACGCCACCGUGGUAGUUUUGGUGAAACGUAGAAGAGGCCAAUGGGGGGGGCGCUGGUGGUCGGUCAGUUAGUCCGUCUGUGCCUCCGUCCGCGUUCGCUGCACCUAUGAAGAGCUGCAGGUGUGCGGAGAACAUGGCACCAGGUGCAAAUGGACCAAACCACAGGGCACGUACCGGGGCCCUCGGCAAGAACGCGCUAUCUGUGUUUAACCAGCAAACUUCAGCUAGAAAAAGAUAAAACGUUUGACACGUUGUCAAAGGUCCGACUGUGUGUCGACCGCCGUGUUUGGGAUCGGUGGAGGAGGUUCUUCCUCCACGUUGUCAGAGAUUACCUGACACCUCAAAGUAUGUGCUUACCUGCCUUUUUUUAAAUAUUAAAGUCUGACUGAAUGAGUUGGAUCUCAAGAGAUCCAAAAAACAUGUUGGGUAAAAUACUACCAGACUCUGAGAGAAUGAUAUUUUUGAGGCAAGUACGAAUCUUUUGAAAGGAACAUUGACAGAUAUGAAAAACGUAAAUGGUGGUUUCUAUAGUUACGGCAUUUCAGAUAAAUCCAGUCGCAAGUGGCAACAAGAUAGAAGUCAUUUGUUUAAGGCAAUAUUUUAAAUGUAUUGUUGUUGCUAACUAAUAGCCACAACCAAUUGGAUUUAUAAUGUAUUUGCUUGUUUAACGUUUUAGUUCUUAGUACACUGCUAAUAGUGACACAUUGUGUAAUGGACACUGAACAUUAUGACUAUAUUCCAACUAAGUCUGCCUUAUUGCAUUCCUUGAACACAUUGUUAUUCUUCUAAAACAUAAUCAUAAUGUAUAUGAGCAGCUGUGUUAUCCCUUCUGACCAUGAACAGGGACCUUUUUUUAUUUUGGGGCUCUGGCUCUCUACCUGUUGGUUUGUGUACAGUUUGUUUUGCAUAGAGCUGUCCAAUAAUAAUCAUAUCACAGGCCCCAGUGAUUUUACAGUGUGACAAGUUAAGUUAUAUUAGCAUAUUUAAUCCUAUUAGUUAUUCCUAUUGCAUUGAUUUGAGUCUCACAGCACCUGGUUGAGCUUCAAUGAGUAGCAGAUCACAUUAAUAAUGAGUUCUUUUCAGCAGUAACGCCAUUUUGUCAGUUGUGUGAAUAAGUUACUGAAAACAUUUUAUUUUUCUAGAAAAACCCCAAAAUUCAUAAAAGAAACCGAACACGACAACAUUACACUGGUGAGCGAAAAAUACACGGCCCGACUUAUGUGACGAAGCAGAGUCCGCCCCGCGGGUUCAACGCGGGCUGAUGCAGAAGCGUGGACCUGCUGCUCGAGUGCACGAGUGUGAGUGAGCGUUAAUGACAGCGUCCCGAUGAAAGGAUCGACUGGAAAACACGAGACACACAUUACAA